GUACGAUUAAUUACGUUCACCACGUGCUGUAGUGCUGUCAAUUUGUCAGAGAUAAUAUGGAGCUUCUUCCUACAAUAGAGGAAGAUGACGAAACCCUAGUACAACCAGAAGAGAGUGAAAAUGAGGAUGAGUCUUUGAAGAAGGUGUGUCCAUUUUCUAACGACUUUAAGUUCAAUCUAGAAGGAGGAGGAGGGAAGGAUGGAGGAAUGUUUGAUUGGUAUAUUGACGAUGCAAUAGUAAUGGCUUCAAAGAAAAAUAGUAUCCCCGUCAAUUCGAUUGAUGCAAAGAUUUAUAGAGCAAGAGAAAUGAGGAAACUAAAGAUGGAGAGAUUAAAAGAAGAGAAAGGUAAUGAUGAAACCUCAUUAGCCGAUGAUGAUACUUCAGAUAGUGAAUCAGAGGAAGAAGAGGAUGAAAUUAUUAAUACUACAACCGAUAAGGAGGAAAGAAAGAAGGCUUUUUUCUCUCGUGCCCCAGUACUAUCAGUAAAUGUGGCAUUUACUGAUAUGAAUCUAUCCAGACCAUUACUAAAGGCAGUGACAUUGUUAGGGUUUACUUCACCUACUUCAGUGCAAGCACGGACCAUUCCGUUGGCUUUAAUGGGUAAAGAUAUAUGCGCCUGUGCUGCUACUGGAACUGGUAAAACAGCUGCUUUCAUGCUGCCUAUCUUAGAGCGUCUUCUCUAUCGUCCAACUAGAAUGAGAUCAACUCGUGUAUUGAUACUACUACCAACAAGGGAACUGGCCAUACAGGUUCAUUCUGUUGGAAAAGCUUUAGCUCAAAAUACAAAAAUAGAUCUUUGCUUGGCAGCUGGCGGAUUGGAAGGGCGGAGUCAAGAAGCCUCGCUGCGUAAGAGUCCAGAUAUAGUUAUAGCUACCCCAGGAAGACUAGUUGAUCAUUUACACAAUACACCAUCAUUUAGCUUACAGGCCAUUGAAAUACUAGUACUGGAUGAAGCUGAUAGAAUGUUAGAUGAACAUUUCCUUGAUCAAAUGAAUGAAAUCAUAAGAUUAUGUCCAGUGAGCAGACAGACGCUUCUCUUCUCAGCGACCAUGACGGAUGAAGUGGAGGAGCUGGCAAGGCUAAGUCUUCACAAUCCAGUCCGUGUGUUUGUUGAUAGUAAUACUGAUACAGCUGAUAAUCUUCAUCAGGAGUUUGUUAGAAUAAGAUCAAACAAAGAGGCUGAUAGAGAGGCUAUUGUAUCAGCACUCUGUUUACGUUCCUUUAAAGAUCACUGUCUCGUGUUUGUUCCCACCAAGAAACAGGCUCACAGGCAGCGUCUCAUUCUCGGUCUCCUCGGCAUCAAAACCUCUGAACUCCACGGGAGCCUAACCCAGCUCCAGCGCCUUGAAGCACUCAAGGGUUUCAAAGAGGCUGAGGUCGACAUCCUCAUUGCUACUGACCUGGCAGCAAGAGGACUAGACAUUGAGAAUGUUAGGACGGUUAUUAACUAUAGCAUGCCACCAACUGUGAAGCAAUACAUUCACAGAGUAGGUAGGACUGCCAGAGCUGGGAAGAGUGGAAAGUCUGUCACUCUUGUCGGAGAGAAAGGUCGUAAGGUUUUGAAAGAGAUUGUAAAAGGCGCCAAAUGUCCACCAAAGAAUCGAGUCAUUCCAGCUGAAGUCAUCGAGAAAUACAAAUCAAAAAUAUCAUCACUUGAAAGCGAGAUAAGAGACAUCUUGAAACAAGAAGAAGAGGAGAAACAGGUACGUGUUGCACAGAUGGAAGUGACAAAAGCUAACAAUAUGAUAGUCCACCAUGAUGAGAUACACAGCAGACCACCUCGUGUGUGGUUCCAGGAUAAUAAUAAUAAAGGAAAAGGAAAGAAGAGGAAACAAUUUGGUGACGGUAGUGAUAAAGGAGGCAAGAAAGCAAAGAUUGAAGAAACAGAAGAAGAAAAGGCUGCUAGGAGGGAGAUGGAGUUCCAGAUGAGAGAAGCAAAGAGAGCAAACAAACAUAAGAAAUACCCAACACUCUCUGAGAUUGGGAGCGGAAAGAAAAGAGGAAAAGGUCGAAGUAAUCCUCAGCCAGUGAUUAAUGAGUCAUUGUUUGCUCGUACUCAGAAGAAGACUUUGAAGAAGGAUAAGACUCGUGUUGUUGUGAAAUCAAAGGGAAAUAAUUUCAAAUCAAAGAAGAGGUAUAAAAGAAAGUGAGGUUUUCUAUUGACUGUAAUUACUAGGAAAUGUUAAAUGUGUUUGUUAAUUUGUUAAUUGAAAGAAUAUGAUUAACAUGUUUUGGGUAAACAGCUAUACUCAAAUUAGAAA